AUGGUUCAUGUGGUCAUCUUUCCUUACCGCGCCACCGCGCCGCGUACCUUAGCGCGCCACUGGUUGACGCUGUUGGUACGCGGCAACGCUGUAUUCGACGGCGGCAGCCCUGAAAUCACCAUCGCCGCAUUGCGGAGGUGGACGCCUCCCCAACUCAAGAUUACCUACCUCGUCCGCCCACCACACGACUACAGUCGUGAUGUCCGCUCUCUCCGCAUUCAACCACUGCCGGCGAUAGGCGUCACCAGCUGGUUU